AUAAAUAAAUUCGUUAUGAGACAAAAGGAAAAAUCGAUAUUAGGUUCAUAGGUUGUUAACGCUGCUAUGCCUUGGAUUGUUCACAAAUCUUCUUGUUGUAAUAAUACAAUCUGCUUGUUAUCUAUGAAUUCAGAGAUGUGAAGUAUCCCUGAGUUAGACUUCAAGAAAUACAAGCUGGACUUCAUCUUUAUUGAUCUGAAAGUUAUCAAUGGGCGCUAUAUUGAGUGUAAAUAGUUUGAGGACUGUAGCUAGUGAGGUAUAUGAAGUAUCACAGAGUGAAACUUGCAAGAGACAGAGGUUGUCAUUGAUUUCUUGCGAGGGGAAUGCACGAUUGAUUCCUAGCCUUCCUGAUGAGAUAUCAAUUCAGAUACUUGCCAGACUUCCUAGGAUUUGUUACAUGAAAAUGAAAUUAGUGUCUCGUGCUUGGAAAGCAGCUAUUGUAAGUGCUGAACUGUUCAAUGUGAGAAAAGAACUUGGAACAACUGAGGAGUGGCUUUAUAUAUUAAUGAAAGUUGAAGAUGAAAGGUUUUUGUGGUAUGCCUUGGAUCCAUUGUCCCGAAGAUGGCAAAGAUUGCCAACAAUGCCUGGCGUUUCUUUUGAAGAUGAGCCCAAGAAGGGUUUGGCUGCACUUAGAAUGUGGAAUGUAGUGGGCUCAAGUAUCAAAAUUGCAGACACAGUAAGAGGUUGGCUUGGAAAGAAGGGUACAUUGGACCCAUUACCCUUUCAUGGCAGUGCGGUUGGGGCUAUUGAUGGCUGCCUCUAUGUGUUAGGGGGACUCUCUAAAGCUUCAGCCAUGAGAAAUGUGUGGCAGUAUAAUCCUAUUCUAAAUGCUUGGAGUGAGAUGAAUCCAAUGUCCAUUGGUAGAGCUUUUUGUAAGACAGGCAUCUUAAACAACAAGCUUUAUGUUGUUGGAGGAGUUACUAAAGGCCGUGGUGGACUGACCUCACUUCAAUCUGCAGAAGUGUUUGAUCCUCGUACUGGUGUCUGGUCCGAAAUUCCAAGCAUGCCUUUUUCAAAGGCUCAGGUAUUGCCUACUGCUUUUCUGACAGAUUUGCUCAAGCCCAUUGCAACAGGAAUGACAUCAUACAGAGGAAGGUUAUUUGUGGCUCAGAGUUUAUAUUGCUGGCCUUUUUUUGUUGAUGUUGGCGGAGAGGUUUAUGAUCCGGAGUUGAAUUCUUGGGAUGAAAUGCCAAAUGGAAUGGGUGAAGGUUGGCCAGUAAAGCAGGCAGGAACAAAACUGAGUGUCACUGUUGAAGGUGAACUGUAUGCACUUGAACCAUCUAGUUCUCUUGAUAGUGCUAGAAUUAAGGUAUAUGAUUACCAAAAUGAUACCUGGAAAGUUUUGCUUGGAGAUAUUCCUAUUAGUGACACUAGUAAUUCGGAGUCUUCCUAUUUGCUUGCUGGUUUACUUGGAGAGCUUCAUGUAAUCACUAAAGAUGCCAACAACAACAUUAUAGUUCUACAGGCAGAUGUACAAAAUCAUUUAGCUUCCUCUUCCUCAUCAUCUUCAUCAUUUUUAUUUGAUAACUCCUUCCGCGAGGAGGCUGAGUCUGCAGCAGAAUCAGAAAUACAUUUUUGGAGGAUCAUUGCAUCUAGAAAUGCUAGUUCUGCUGAUCUGGUUAGUUGUCAGACCCUUGAUCUGUAGUUCCAACACUAGUUGUCAGACCCUUUCUGUAAUUCAGUGUGCUGAUGUAUGUGUUAUAUAUAAUUUGUUAAGUUCUUACAAUUAUAAAGAGAUAAUAUUUGAAUGGAAAAGAAAAUUUAUUUUAGUA